AAUGUCUUCAGCUGUAGUCUCGUGAAGCAUUAUGGGACCAAACCGUAGGAAACAAAUAAAAACUCUGUAACUGGUUCUUAUCGUUAUAAUUAGUGCUAUCAUUAAGCUAUGAAAGCGUGAGAUGUCCAUGCCGAUCCACAUUAUUCGUAGCAGGUUGAGUGUUGCGUUUUCUUAUCUGGAGUGGAGCUGGUCCAAGUAUUCUCUUUGUAGUGUCACAACAACAACAGAAAUCGGACUAUUUGUUCUCUGACUCGCGCCUAAAAGUAUUAUUAUAAUUAUACAGUUUGCAGUUCCUUUGAAAACAUAAAUAAAUGAAUGAUCAUUAAAGAGAGGCUCGGAAGCAGGCCAUCCGAUGCUAUUGUGUUACUAUGUCUAGUACUAGAUGUGCUUGAAAAAAUAAACUGGUGUACCCAUCUGCUAACAACACUGUUCCAGACUAGAGCGGGAUUCAUGAGUUAAUUGUCUAGUUAGAUUAGACAAGGAUGGCAUCUACAGGGGCAGAGAAAUCUACCAAGAAGAAAACUGAGAAAAAAUUUGCUGCCAAAGAGGAAGCUAAACUGCUGGCGAGUUUUAUGGGGAUCAUGAACAAUUUGCGAAAGCAGAAAGCACUGUGUGAUGUGAUAUUAGUGGUGUCUGCAAGAAAGAUCCCAGCCCAUAGAGUCGUCCUUGCAGCUGCCAGUCAGGUUUUUAACCUGAUGUUUACUUCAAACAUGCUGGAAUCAAAGGCAUAUGAAGUGGAACUUAAGGAUGCAGAACCUGACAUCAUUGAAUUGUUAGUGGAAUUUGCCUACACAGCAAGGAUCUCUGUCAACAGCAACAAUGUCCAGUCUCUAUUGGACGCAGCAAACCAGUACCAAAUUGAACCGGUUAAGAAGAUGUGUGUCGAUUUCCUCAAAGAGCAAGUGGAUGCAACUAACUGUCUUGGUAUUAGUGUGCUGGCGGAGUGCCUUGACUGCCCUGAGUUGAAAGCCACUGCUGAUGACUUCAUUUUCCAGCAUUUCACUGAGGUGUACAAGACCGACGAGUUCCUGCAGCUGGAUGUGAAAAGAGUCACCCAGCUGCUGCACCAGGAUGCCUUAACUGUCCGCGUAGAGGAUCAGGUGUAUGACGCAGCAGUCAGGUGGAUCAAAUACGACGAGCCAAACCGACAGCAGCACAUGGUGGAUAUUCUGGCCAAGGUCCGCUUUCCUCUCGUGUCAAAGAACUUCCUGAGCAAAACCGUGCAGGCUGAGCCGCUGAUACAGGACAACCCACAGUGCCUCAAGAUGGUUAUCAGUGGAAUGCGUUACCACCUCCUUUCACCAGAGGACCGUGAGGAGCUGGGUGAGAGCAGCCGGCCAAGAAGAAAGAAACACGACUACCGCAUUGCACUCUUCGGCGGUUCCCAGCAGCAGUCCUGCCGCUACUUCAACCCCAAAGAUUACAGUUGGACGGAUAUUCGCUGCCCUUUUGAAAAGCGGCGGGAUGCAGCCUCAGUGUUCUGGGACAACGUUGUCUAUAUUCUGGGUGGCUCGCAGCUUUUCCCCAUCAAACGCAUGGACUGCUACAAUGUGGUGAAGGACAGCUGGUAUUCCAAGCUGGGCCCACCCACUCCUCGAGAUAGUCUCGCCGCAUGUGCAGCCAAGGGCAAAAUAUACACUUCUGGGGGCUCCGAAGUCGGGAACCCUGCCCUGUACCUUUUUGAAUGCUACGACACAAGAACAGAGAGCUGGCUGUCCAAGCCCGCCAUGUUGAUCCCACGCUGCAGCCACGGCAUGGUGGAGGCCAACGGGCAGAUCUACCUGUGUGGUGGGAGUCUGGGCAACAAUGUCUCCGGGAGGGUAUUAAACUCCUGUGAGGUCUAUGACCCGUCAACUGAGAAAUGGACUGAACUGUGCCCAAUGAUAGAAGCCAGAAAGAAUCACGGGCUUGUCUGUGUAAAUGACAGAAUCUAUGCUGUUGGAGGGCAGAAUGGAAUGGGGGGCUUGGACUCUGUGGAAUACUACGACAUUAAGACUGGCAAGUGGAAAAUGGUGUCUGACAUGCCUUGGAAAGGGGUCACGGUGAAGUGUGCUGCAGUGGGGUCCAUCAUUUACGUCUUGGCUGGUUUCCAAGGGGUGGGUCGACUGGGACACAUUUUAGAAUAUCACACAGAAGCGGAUAAAUGGGUCGCAAACAAUAAAGUGCGGGCGUUCCCUGUAACCAGCUGCCUUAUAUGUGUGGUGGACACCUGUGGAGCAAACGAAGAGACGCAUGAUGAAUAAACCAUUGUCUGCAUAGAUGAUAUAAUAGCAACUCCUUCAUCUUCAGGACUAAAUGCAUACGCUUCCUGUGAUGGGGGAUUGGAAACAGUUUUAUUUUAUUUGGUUGUAUUCAUAAAGUAGCAAAUCGAUCAUGCAAAGGUUUUUUUGUAAAUGCAUCUUGGGCUGUACUACUGUUACUGGUAUAGGACUUUGUUUGUAGCAUUAUUCUACAUGUAUUACAGUUCUAUAAUGAACUGUUUUUGCUUAAUGGUGGGGUGAUUCUAUCUCUUGGCAUCUUUUUGUAAAACAAUUGUGGUAAUUAUUUGUUUACGUUCAGUUGUGAGUGCUUUUUUUAAUUUUUCAAUAUUUGCACUAGAAUUCUGUUCCUAAUAAAUGUUGACUGAUUUUACUUGCAUAACAGAAUAACAUCUCUGUUUUGAUGUGAUGGUGCAGUUGUUUUUGUCUCAAACUUUAUGUAACUUCACAAAGUAAAGUAUUUGAAAAUGUUAUGGGCCAACCCCAAUCGAAUAAAGUAUACUGUACACUA